CAGCACAAUAUUUUGGAUUUAGUUUACAUCCGCCACCGCUGCGGUUAGUUUGUUAUAUUAUUGUACACAAAUUGAUUGUUUAUAUUUUACGAGUCUUCGAUUACGAUCUAUAAUAAUUUUAAAGAAUGGAAGAUAACACUUCUCUUCUCCAAGUGUCUAAAUGUCUGACGAACGAGCGACUGAGCCAGGCUUUAACCGACUGGUUCAAAGAGGACUGCCAGUUUACACAUUGGGAGUAUGUCAGUGACACCGGCAAAGGCGACUCAUACUUGAGCGAAGUUAUCCGCAUAAGAAUCUUCGGUAAAAACCUCAAAGAUGAGACGAAACAUGUCCAAGUCAUCCUCAAAAACAUCCCCAAGAAUGAAUGUCGCCGGCUCACAUACCGAAGCCAUGAGUUUUUCAAAAACGAAAUCAUUUUCUACACCGAAGUGUUGCCAGCUCUGAUAAAAUUCCAAUCUACGAAAACGUUAAAGGAGCCAUUCGAUAACUACCCGAGAAUUUUUGCUUCCUACGCCGAUGGGGUGAACGAUUACAUAAUACUCGAAGACGCUUCGCUGUACGACUUCGGAAGCGCAUUGAGACAAGAAGGAAUCGACAUCGAACAUUGCAGGAUCACUUUCAAAACCUUCGCCAAAUUCCACGCAAUGUCCUUCGCUAUGAAAGACCAAGAACCUGAAGAGUUUCAGAGAAUCAGCAAUCUCGUCUUCGAGACCUACUACCACGAACGUCUGUGGUCCUGGUACCAAAGGUUCUGGGCUAGAAUCUGUGGAAUCGCAAUAAACGCCGUAGAAACUGAAUACCCUAACUCUAUAUACGUGGAUAAGAUCAAAGAAUUCGCAGUACCUGAACGCUAUCAGGACAUGAUUAAAGCCGCAUGCCACACGAAAGAAACCGGAGUGAUAAGCCACGGAGAUUCCUGGACCAACAAUUUCCUGUACAAAUACGACGGUCUCAAACCUAUUCACACCAAAAUGAUAGAUUUCCAGCUGACAAGAUGCGCCUCUCCUGUCCUAGAUGUGUGUUUCUUUAUCUACGCUUGUACGUCACAAGAAUUACGUCUGAAACACUAUGAAGAUCUCAUGAAGUAUUACUACGAUGUCUUGUCAAGUCAGAUAGAUGAAAUGGGGUCAGAUUCGACGAAGGUCUACUCUUGGGAGAAGUUUCGAGAGGAAAUUAAGAAGUACUCCUACUUCGGUUUGGCAUUUAGCUUCGAAUCGACGCCUAUGAUUGUUCUAGAACCGGAAGAUGCACCGGAUAUGAAUGCUCUUACGGGUGACAAAGCUCUGAACAUCGAUGACUUCUGGCAAAUCGGUAACUUCAAGACGAAGGAAGGAAGACUGAGGGAAGCGAACAACGUCGUUCACUGUGUUGAUAACGGAUUUAUUUAAAUUAAUAUUAAGGCCUAAAAAAAUAGUUAAUAAUUAUUUUUGUAAUAGCUAAUAAAUAUAGUUUGAUAGUAAUUAGGACCAAAUAAUGUAUCAUUCAAUAUUCA